CCGGUCCGUCCGUGAAUACGCUCCGGAGGCAUAGGCCAACGCGCAGCCUCGCCCGGCGCUGCCUGCAGGCUCUUCUGUGGCCCGGCGGGUCCGGUCGCCGGCUCCGAGAUGCGCCCCCUGCUUGGCUUCCUGCUGGUCUUCGUCUGCUGCACCUUCGCCCUGUACUUGCUGUCGACGCGACUGCCCCGCGGGCGGACGCUGGGCCCGGACGAGGAGACUGGAGGCAGGUCACUGUGGUUCCCCUCAGACUUGGCCGAGCUGCGGGAACUUUCUGAGGUCCUUCGAGAGUACCGGAAGGAGCACCAGGCCUACGUGUUCCUGCUGUUCUGCAGUGCCUACCUCUACAAACAGGGCUUUGCCAUCCCUGGCUCCAGCUUCCUGAACAUUUUAGCUGGUGCUUUGUUUGGACCAUGGCUGGGGCUUCUGCUGUGUUGUGUGUUGACAUCAGUGGGCGCCACAUGCUGCUAUCUGCUCUCUAGUAUUUUUGGCAAACAGCUGGUGGUCUCCUACUUCCCUGAUAAAGUAUGCCUGCUGCAGAGGAAGGUGGAAGAGAACAGAAACAGCUUGUUUUUUUUCCUACUGUUUUUGAGACUUUUCCCCAUGACACCAAACUGGUUCUUGAACCUCUCAGCUCCGAUUCUGAACAUCCCGAUUGUGCAUUUCUUCUUCUCUGUUCUGAUCGGUGGGCAAGAACUGGACGAGCUAAAGUGUGUUUUAUGGUGGAGAGAAAGGGGACAUAGACUUGUUCCCAGAAGAAAUGAACCAGAGAGAUUCAUAGUUUAGUGUGGUCUGAAGUCUCAAGAGAUGAACUCUCAGUUCCCAGAAGAAAUGAACCAGAGAGAUUCACAGUUGAGUGUGGUCUGAAGUCCAAGGAUGGAAAAUAUGGCCUUUUAAGGUACUUUUCCGGCCCGAUCACCCUCUGAGUAGGCCUCCUUCUAGAAUGCCUCUAGUCUUAUUACGGGAUGACAUCAUAGCUAGGCAUUUUAUGUCAAUGUCACGAUAUACAUAUUCUUUUUGUUUGCUUGUUUCUUUUUAUGUUUCCCUGCUACUCCCAGCCAGGAGAAAUAAAAAGUUGGUACUAUGGGA